UGAAAUCGGUCUUCCCUUGAUUCAGUCCUGAUACUUGAAAUCCCCACAAAAAUUUUCAUUCUAACUCCAACCGUUCCAGUGUUCGGAUCUAAAUAUUAAAAAUAGUUUUUGCUCGCACAAAGUAAUUCACAGUAGUUUUUCCGAUCUGGCUUUAGUGCGUUCGCUAGGUAAUAUAGCAAAGAUGUCCUUGCCGCGAGUGUACUUCGACAUUACCGCCGGAAACGAGAAGCUGGGUCGUAUCGUCAUGGAGCUGCGCUCCGAUGUGGUGCCUAAGACGGCUGAGAACUUCCGCGCCCUGUGCACCGGCGAGAAGGGUUACGGCUACAAGGGCUCUCCCUUCCACCGUAUCAUACCCAACUUCAUGUGCCAGGGUGGGGACUUCACCAACCAGAACGGAACCGGCGGGCGCUCCAUCUACGGCAACAAGUUCCCCGACGAGAACUUCGAGCUGCAGCACACUGGACCGGGCAUCCUGUCGAUGGCCAAUGCUGGGGCCAACACCAACGGAUCGCAGUUCUUCAUCUGCACUAGCAAGACCAACUGGCUGGACCGGAAGCAUGUGGUCUUUGGCAAGGUCGUCGAGGGCAUGGAGAUUGUCCAGAAGGUCGAAUCGUACGGCUCCACCACUGGCAAGACCUCGGCGCCAGUCAUAAUUGAGGAUUGUGGAGCUCUAUAAGCCUGCCACACACCACACACCCACCACACAC